AUGGCCGGCUGCAGGCGCUUCCAUGCGAGCAGUGGCUGCAGCCUGUUCCUGGCUGAUGAUCCGGCCUCGGGCGUGCACCUCGGCGUGGAAGGUGGGAUACUCUGCCAGCUCCUCCGCUCUCCAGAUUACAACCUUUUCCCCAAGUCGGCAGUGUUUGAAAGUAAUUUCAUCCAGGUGACGAAGCAGGGGAACUGGGUGGAUAUCCAUAACGCCCCCACACUGGUGACCCUGGGGGUGACGUCCUCAGAGCCCUGCCUACCCCUCCCCAAUGUGCUCCUGAUCGCCAGGCUCGCAGUGCUGGGAGAAAGCCCCCUCGGGAGGGCGGACCAGCCCCAGGAGCCCUCCAUGGCCCUUAGCAGGCUUCUUCCGUUGAGGUACGUCAGACUGUCGGUGCAGGACAGCAGCCGGCGCCUGCUGCGGGUGCAGGUGGUCACGGGGAAGGUUUAUUACCUGCGGCUGCACCAGGCACACCCUGACGCUGUGUUCAUGCUCUGGAGCCGGCUGGCGGACAUCCUGCAGCGGGGGCUCUCCAUCACCACCAAGGACCCCGCCAUCCACGUCCCGCACAGCCUGGUGCUCAGCGUGGGCAGCUCCUCCACCAGCUCCCCUGCACAGCUGGUGCCUGAUUCGCAGCCGCCCUGGGGAGCCAGUCGCAGCGUGGUGGCAAGGAUGGGCAAGCGAUUAUCGGGGACACUCUCCCAUCUCUCAGGAGCAGCCCUGGGGAAAACGGAGAAAGACAGCUCAGUCCAGAGAAGGUAA